UUGGCCUCCUUAGUUGCUCUACUAUAAAAUGAGAGAAUGAUCGCCAGACAAGAUGAACGUCUAAGUCGAAAAAUUCCCAAGGUCUGCGUGUUAUUCUGCAGAAGAAGAUGGCACAAGUGGAUCGGGGUUCGAGUCUUAUUAGCCAUCCGGAUGUUGAUAAGGACGACGAAGCCAUAGUCUAUGCCUCGGUGUUGACAAGCUCUUUCAUCGUACCAAUGGUCCUGAAUGCUGCCAUCGAACUCGGUGUUCUUGACACCAUCAGUGAAGCAGGCCCCGAGAAGAAGCUGUCCAGUGAUGAAAUUGCUUCAAUCAUCGGAGCACAGAACCCAUGCAUGGGUUCGACGCUCGAUCGCAUGCUGAGGCUUCUGGCGACCCACUCAGUCUUGAACUGCUCGACCAGAGAUGCCAAGAAUGAGGGAAAGGUUGAGAGGGUCUACGGGCUCACCCCCGUGGGAAGAUUAUUCGUCCAGAACAAGGCUGGAGGGUCCCUCGUCGGGUUCUUAGGCUUUUCACACAACCAAGCCAUAUUGGACAUACGGCACUACAUAAAGGAUGCAGUACUUAAAGGGGGAAUACCCUUCAAAAUGGCUCAUGGAGUCCCAGCAUUUGAGUACAUGAGAAGUGACCCGGAGUUCAGCGGGGCUUUCAACACUGCAGUGAGUUUCCACUCCUCGAUCGUCACCGAGAAAAUCCUAAAAAGGUACACCGGCUUCGAGGAUCUACGGGUCCUCAUUGAUGUUGGGGGCGGAAGAGGCACGACCCUCAACAUGAUCGUCUCCAAGUACCCUCAUAUCAAAGGGAUCAACUUCGAUCUCCCUCAAGUGAUCCAAGAUGCCUCUCCAUUCGAAGGAAUAGAGCACAUUGGUGGAGACAUGUUCAAAGAAGUCCCUAGAGGGGAAGCCAUUCUAUUGAAGAGAACAUGCCAUAAUUGGAGUGACGAGAAGUGCCUGAAAUUGCUUAAGAAUUGCCAUGAAGCACUGGAAGACAAUGGAAAGCUGAUUAUUAUCGACUCUAUCAUGUCGGAGGGAUGCGAUUCGAGCCUCAUUGAUAAAUACGUGUCUCACUAUGAUAACAUCAUGUUCACUCAACACGAAGGGAAGGAGAGGACAGAGAAAGAGUUCAGGUUGUUGGGCGAGCAGGCCAGGUUCAUGGAUUUCCGAGUCGUGGGCUGCGCCUGCGCUCACUGGGUCAUGGAACUCAGGAAAUGAAAUGUGUGAAUCAAUUUGAGAGCACAAAACAGAAAAGCAUACGGUGAAUCAAAAUGAUGAAGCGUGAAUCAAACUGAAAACAUUGCAGGCUCAUCAGGUCGGAUAUCUGCAGGUGCGCUCCACAAAGUUGCUUGCCUUGUUGACGUCAUCAAGUCUUUGCUCAAGAAGAGCCGGCUUGUCGAGGUCCGUCACACUUUCAGAGAUGAAAAUACUUGUGCUGGUUGGAUGGCUCGACUGGCAAUUCAGCUGCCACUUGAAUUUCACUUCUUCUCUAGCCCUUCUUCAUGUCGCUAUUCUUUGGCGACAUAAUUGGAACUUUCUUACUCUGCUUUUGCUUGAUGUAAUUUGUUUUUCUUUCUUGUUUUCUCCUUUUGAGCUAUUGCUUUGAGUUAUCCAUCCAAAAAAAG